AUGUUGGACCACACGGAUCGCGAUCGCUACGCGGCGCUGCUCAAGCAGGCAUCCAGAUCCAAGAAUGUGGCACAGGGCCAGGCACUGCACGCUCAGAUCCUUGCCUCCGAUCACCGCCACAAUGUCUUCCUGUGCAAUCUCGUCAUGGAGAUGCAUCGCAACUGCGGCCAUCUCGACCGCGCGCUCCUCGUCUUCUCCCACAUCCCUCACCCCAAUCUCUUCUCCUGGAACAUCGUGCUCUCCACCCACGCCCGCCGCGGCAGCGCCAGUGACGCCAAGAUCGCGCUGGAUCGCAUGCCUAUCACCAAUGUCGUGUCUUGGACCUCCGUGCUCGCCGCCUACGCGCACACCGGCCAGAUCCUCCACGCCAAAUCCUUCUUCGAUCACUGCAUGCCGGAGAGGAACGAGAUGGCCUGGAAUAUCUUGAUCCCCGCGUGCUCGCGAUCGGGGAAGCUCCAAGAAGCCAGAGAUCUCUUCGAUGGAAUGCCGGACAAAGAUCUGGUGUCCUGGAAUUCCAUGCUCACGGCACACGCCCGGCUUGGAAAUCUUGGCGAUGCCGAGCAGAUCUUCACCGCCAUGCCCCAGCGCAACCUCGUUUCCUACAACGCGCUCCUGGCUGCUUACUCCCACCACGGCCGCGUCGACCAGGCACAGGAAAUCUUCGAUCGGAUGCCGGAAAGAGACGACCUAUCGGCGAAUUCCAUCCUCGCCGGCCUCGCGCAACACGGCGCGAGCAUCGAUCGCGCGAGGGAGCUCUUCGAUCGCGUGGCGAAUCGAGAAAACCUAAUCUCCUGGAACCUCAUCCUCUCCCACGAUGGCAAUGUCCGCGAAUGGCUUGCCCUGUUUCACCAGAUGCCCGAGAGAGACGUUAUCUCAUGGAAUAUUCUUCUCGCGGCAUAUGCCCGAACUGGGCAUUUACUGAAAGCCCUGUUUGACGAGAUGCCGCGAUGCGGUCACCGUGGUCACGUGGACGACCGUACGGUCAGCACGGUCAGCUCCAUCUUGCCCGUCAGCUGUUCGACUGCCGUGCCCGAUCGAACGGAGGACGCGGUAACGUUUCGCGUUGACAGUCUCUCAAAAUUUACAGGCUCCAAAAUUCUUCUCGGACGCGCUGAUUAA